AUGCAUGAUCUUGCGAAGAAUGUUUUCGGGGAUAAUGAAUUGCUACCUCUUAAAGUAAGUGAGUCCAAUGAUAUUUCUAAAGGUCGUCGGUUACAAUUAAAAAUUGAUAAAGACUUACCACCAACAUUUCUAAAAAGCUUAAGUAGUGCAAAGAAGUUGAGGACCGUUUUCGUGCUUGAAGAUUCUAAGGUUGACCCUAUUAUAUUCUCAAAAAAUAAGCAAUUACGCGUAUUACAUGUGUGUGAUUCGUCAGAUAUCGCCAUCACAAAGCCUCCUUAUUUAAGUUUGAAGUUUAGACAUUUAAGAUAUCUUUACCUCUCCUCUCUCAAUCUUACUGAAGUUGUUUAUGAUGGAUCCAUCAGUAACCUGUAUAAUCUGGAGACGUUGAUCUUCACUGGAAUAGAAUGUGUUGAAAAUCUUCUUUCAAACAUCCAAUGUCUUAAUAAUUUGAGGAUAUUUUGUUUCGUGAAUUGCCCUUUAUUAGAAACAUUACCCGAAGAGUUUGGAGCCUUGACACAACUGCGUUCUGUUGAUCUAAAAGGUACUGAGACCAAAAUAUUACCUGAGUCCUUCGCUUAUCUCAGCAAUCUUGAGGAUGUAAAUCUUAUGUUGUCUGGGCCUCCCAAAGAGGUAAAGAAUUGGAUAAAUCUGAGAAGAUUUUAUUAUUUAACUGGUUGCGCACCAGUGGGUAUAGGAAAUUUAGUUUUCCUUCGGAAGCUGUCUUACUGGGUAAGAGAUAAAGACAUCGAUAUGCCUGAAUGUGAUGAUGGUGUUGAAGAAUUCGGAAAUCUAAACCUCCUUGAGAAGUUAUAUCUUUGUAAUCUCAAUAAUGUGAAAGACCCAAUAGAUGCUGAGAGAGUGAAUUUGAAGGAAAAACAGAACCUGCGCGUACUGCAACUACAUUGGGAUGCACCAGAAGAUGUGGAUCUGAGUCGAACUUUAUCAUACUCGUAUGGUCCUUCUGGAAGAAUUGUGUCUUCCGCUCCCUGCCUUCAGCUUCUGAUGCUACGUAAUCUUCGUAAACUGAAAGUUGCUAACUGCAACAAGUUCCAAGGCUUUCAAAUAAAUGAUGGUGAUGAGAAUGAUAACAGGAAUGAGGUUGCUCUGUUCGGAACUGAGAUUUACUUUGACUGUCUUAAGAAAUUGCAAUUAAUAGAUUGUCCGGUUCUUAAGCAUCUGCCAGAUUUAGGGAGAUUUGAUGCCUCUUUUGCAACUGACAAGACCUCUGCAGGCCGCAGAAGCCACAGUUUGCAGUCGAGCGUAAUCGCCAUACUUGCUAUGCGUUAUCUCAAGUGGGUUACAUUAAUCGCCAUACUUGCUUGGGUGUAUACGUGGACUAUGGAUACACCCAAGGACCAUGCUAUUGCUCUUCAUGGUAUGUAA